AUGUCAACCCCUCUCGAACUCUUCUCCCUCUCAUGGGGCAUGUAUCCCCGCCGCGUCCUCAUCUAUCUCGCCGAGAAACAACUCGUCGCAUCACCACUCAUCAAAGUCACAGAAGUGACCGUCUCCCCGAAUAGCAAUAGCUUGACCGCGCCUGGGAAGCCCCAAGGUACAGCGCCGAUAUUGCGUCUUCCGGAUGGACAGUUUAUCAAGCAGUCAAUCGCGAUCCUCGAGUACUUUGAGGAUAUUUGCGAUAAUCCACAGCAGCCGUGGCAAGUUGAGCUUGCGAAUCAUGCUGGUGGCAGUAUGCGCGGACGGACUGCGGAGGAGAAAGCACGCGUCAGAGAAGUCCUGGGUCUCGCGGAUGAAGUCACCAGUCAAUUUGGGUUUGCGUGCCACAAGGGGACGGCGUUGUUUGGGAUGCUUGAGGAGACGCAUCCAGUCACUGCGAAACUUGCUCUUGAGUACUGCACCAAGAAUCUGAAACUGCUAGAGAAAUACUAUGAAGGGGAUACUCGUUUUGAUAGUGGAGAUGGACAGGUCACCAUCGCUGAUUGUGUUUUGUACUCGACUCUACAUUUUGCCAAAGACCUCUACUGUCUUGAUCUUCUGGCAGAUCCUGAGUUGGCCAGUCUUCGGGCAUUUUACGCUUGGUUCAAUGGCAGAGAGAGCGUGCAGGUUCCGGAAAACCACUUCCCAGCUCAGAUCAAGGAAUUGGCUUGUCAAUGGCUUCCUGUGGAGUAA